AUGUGGACUGCUGCUGCUGCUGCUGCUGCUGCCUCUGUUGCGCAGGCUGUAGGGCAAAGGCCAGUGACGCUUGCUGGCUACAGCAUUGGCGCGCGCGUCAUAUUUUACUGUCUCCAAGCUUUAUGGAGAAAGCGGAAAUUUCACUGCAUACACGACGUGGUGCUCAUGGGCUUGCCUGCCUCGAUGAAUGCGACGCAGUGGAAGCAAGCGCGACAAGUUACCUCAGGACGCCUCAUCAAUGUCUACUGCAGAACAGAUUGGCUGCUUGCCUUCCUGUACAGGUGGAUGGAAUUCAGACUCCAGGUGGCAGGACUUGCUCCAGUUACAUCGAUCCCUGGUGUGGAGAACGUCGACGUAACAGGCAUCGUAAAAAGCCACGCCAACUACCCCGAAAAGGUCCCUCAGAUUAUGUCUUUCAUCUCUAUAGAGUUGUAA